GCCGGCAGGCGAUGGGUUAAAUUUUUCACCCGCCGACAUUUUUGCUGCCGCUGGGGCCCCGCGCCGUGGAGUCCCCUGGCCGGGGAGCCUGGCGCGCGCCGCGCCCGGGGAACGUUCCAUCCCCUCCGCGCCCUCCCCGGGGCUGCGGCGGCAAUGGGGGGCGGCUGCGGCUCUUCGCCUUUAAACGGUGCCCCUGCAGUUCUGCUUCCAGCGAAGGGUUAACUCUGCUUCUGCUGACAUUUUACCUGCCUCCCCCCUUCUCCCCGCACUUUUGCUGCUAAUAAUUUCGUGUGUAAGGGAGAUCAUUCUCUCCCCCCACCCCUUGCAAAGCUCUGUUCGUAGGAGCCUCCUUUGGGGGGAUAGAAGGGGAUUUCUGUGUGCACGGUUCUUUCCUGUGCACAGCCAGCUAGGCUCCCACACUGCUGCACAAAGAGCAGCAGUAGAGGCCCUUGCUUGCCUUUAAAGGCAGCAGCUUGAAAUUUAAGGUGUCCCAGAGCCAUGUCUCUCCACAGCCCUCUGCGCUACACUCCAUGGAGAAAUGCUUGUUGCAGUUCUUCGCCUUGUAGAUGCCCCUCACUUGUGUUGCUAUUCCCUGUCCUUGGGUUUAUUUUGGGUUGAUCAGCAGAGAAACCAACAAAUACGCUUGCUCAAGGUGGGGGGGGAGGUAGUACUCAGAACCAUGUCUGUUCGGGAGUCCUUUAAUCCAGAAACUUAUGAACUGGACAAGAGCUUCCGUCUGACUCGAUUCACUGAACUUAAAGGCACAGGCUGUAAAGUGCCUCAGGAUGUUUUACAGAAACUGCUUGAGUCCCUACAAGAAAACCAUUUUCAAGAAGAUGAACAGUUUUUGGGAGCAGUUAUGCCCAGGUUGGGAAUUGGGAUGGACACUUGUGUCAUUCCUUUAAGACAUGGUGGUUUGUCUUUGGUCCAGACAACAGAUUACAUUUAUCCCAUUGUGGAUGACCCUUAUAUGAUGGGACGUAUAGCCUGUGCCAAUGUCCUAAGUGACCUUUAUGCUAUGGGGGUCACAGAAUGUGACAACAUGUUGAUGCUCCUUGGGAUCAGUAAUAAAAUGACAGAUAGGGAAAGGGACAAAGUGAUGCCUCUAAUUAUCCAGGGUUUCAAAGAUGCAGCGGAAGAGGCAGGAACAUCUGUGACUGGUGGCCAAACAGUGUUAAAUCCUUGGAUUGUUUUAGGAGGAGUGGCCACUACAGUCUGUCAGCCUAAUGAAUUUAUAAUGCCAGACAAUGCAGUGCCAGGAGAUGUACUUGUGUUGACUAAACCCUUGGGAACGCAAGUGGCUGUAGCUGUCCACCAAUGGCUAGAUAUUCCAGAAAAAUGGAAUAAAAUAAAGCUAGUGGUAACUCAAGAAGAUGUGGAGCUAGCAUACCAGGAGGCAAUGAUGAACAUGGCAAGGCUCAACAGAACAGCUGCUGGACUCAUGCACACUUUCAAUGCACAUGCAGCUACAGAUAUCACAGGAUUUGGAAUCCUGGGGCAUGCACAGAAUCUAGCCAAACAACAACGAAAUGAGGUGUCCUUCGUUAUCCAUAACCUUCCUGUCCUAGCCAAGAUGGCUGCAGUUAGCAAAGCAUGUGGCAAUAUGUUUGGCCUCAUGCAUGGGACUUGUCCUGAGACGUCAGAUCAGUGAAUAUUUGAAUUUGUUGAUAGCCAGCACUGCAUUUUCUCAAAAGUAACACUGCCUGCAAUGCUACUGCCAAUCAAAUAAGUAUUCUGUAUUUUUCUUUUAUAAAUCUGUAUAUGAAUUUUAGUGCUGGAUUGCCAACCCCAGAGACUAAAGCUGUCACUCUAUCCGUACAUAGCACAAGCAUCAAUAGUGCAGGUUUAUUCUCCCACUGCCCUGUGAAUGUGUCACAGACCUGACCUAGAGAUACUAUCGUUAGUAGUGAGAAAGGAAUUCAAUCUCUAAGACCCAUUCAAUACUAGGUCUCUCUAGAGUCUGUCAAGUAAGAUGCAGAUUGUAGUGAUGAUUUUGUCCUAUUUGCAUUCAUCUAUUAGAAAUUAGGCUGAUAAAACCAAAUUCAUUUCACAUAAGCCUCUAAACAGCCAUCAGGUGGCACCAACUGUUGGUCACUACCUCCUAGAGGUGCAUUUGAACUGGAGACCAGGAGGUAAACAGCUCUGUAUCUUGUUAAUUCCCUGGCCAUAUAGCCUCUCAGAAUAAGAGCUCUUUUCUUCUCCUUGAAGUUUCUCUAUGUCAUUUUUCCCCUUGGUCUCCCCUUCUGUUUCUUUACACACACACACACACACUCUCGCUCUCCCUCCCUCCGUCCCGCCAGAAGUAUUAUUCAAGCUCUCUGCAGAAAGAGGGCCCCUGAAAGAAAAACGUAGUCUGAAGAUCUGGAAAGAGGUAUCCCAAUGAGAGCUAUAAACUGCCUAGUGAAUAUGCAACUUACUGUAAUAUGUUCAAUUGUUCUUUAGCCAUAAGUGUUUAAAGAGAAGCUCUGUCCUGGGGAGACUUUGUGGUUCAGAUGUUUAGGAUAUGGAAUAUGAGCCCUUUCAAGAGUUCAAAACCAGACCCAGUCAGUACAGAUGAAAAAUAUCAUGUGGUGGCUGCCUGGGGAUCUACAUGAAUGUGUUUGCUAGUCUGAGUCCCUUUCUUGGUGGACAGAUAUCUGCAUAACAAACACCACCUCAAAUGGGACUAAUUGCCACCUUAGUUAGCAGUUACAGAGAGACCAAACACGGAAUGGAGACUGAAUUGAACUACCUUACUCUUUGAUGCGCUUCCCUCAUGAGUGAGAGGCUGUGGUAUACUGGCCCCUGCGCUAUCCCUGCUCUGUGAAUAGAGCACUUCUGUCUCAGGGCCGUCCAUCCCACACCUUGGGCCAGUGCUGUCUUUUCCUGGAAAAGAUGAAACCCUGGAAAACAAAUUAGAUGAUUCAUAAGGAAGGUCGGAGUACUAGUGGCACCUUAGAGACUAACCAAUUUAUUUGAGCAUAAGCUGUCUCUUAAACUCUGUCGUGAAUUCCUUUCAAAUGGCUUCUCCACAAUUAUUUACAUUCAGUGUAGAUGUGGAUGGAUGUUGCUUGAAUACCUCUUGCCAGUUUUCCACGUAUUUAUGGACUUGGAUUUGACAGGUGUUACAGAACAUGUGAAUUGGACUUUAUGGAUAUUUGUAGCAUUUCCUGUAUUUACUAGCAGGAUAAUUGGAUUACCAGUUACCCGUUGUUUUCUUAAAUUUCCUGAAAUAUUACGUCUGUAGCUUCAUAUUUUGCAAACAGACAUAUUUUGUAGCAGAGUACAGCGAAUAAUGGAAAGCACUCAUGACUGCUGUUUCUUGAGCACUCAUAACUGCUGUUUCUUGAGUAUCCACCAACACCAGUGUUAGGGUGGCAUGACUUUAAUAACACAUAGGAGUUGGUGAUGUAUACCUGGCCAGCACAUUAUGGGGGGUGUUCAGAUGAGAACUGUUUUCAGUGGAAACUUGCAAAUAGCCUCAACUUAUGACAUUUCUGUUUCUAAAGAUCAUAAGGUAGAUUUAUCAUUGGCAUACGAUAGCAGGAUAAGCAACUAACAGGAGGGAUUGAGGGGGAAAAUUGAUGAGUGCAGGUUACUUCCUUGUACCUUUUAUUAAUCAUUUGUCCUGCUGUACUUCCCACCACUCCUCCCUUUUGUUCAAUUGGUAUGCAAGUUGUUCAUUGAAUGCCAAAUGCAAGUUAUGUUGUUUUAUUAUUUAAACUUAUUCUCUGACCUAUUUGCAUGACCAAUGAAGUAACCGUUGAAUUUGAACCAGAGACUUCCAUGGGAAUAGCACUUGCUUCCCCCGGGGUUAAUUUGGCCCAUUAUGUUUGGAGUAGUUUAAACAUCAUGGUGUUUUUUGCCUUUCUGCUUUUGUUUAAAGAGAGGCACAGAAGAGUGAAUAUCUUCAAAUGCCUGGGAGAUGUAGGUGUUUUCAUGUGUAGCAGACAUAGUGAGUCCACAUUGCACUUAGAAAUAAUGUUUACAUAUAUUAUUUUUUAAUUACCACUACUAUUGAAAAGCUGCUUCUUCUGCAGCCUUAAAUUAAAGAUGGUUUCUGUUCCAUGUAAUUUCUUUCCCUUUGUGCAUAUGUCGGAAGAGCAUCUUGUACAUGAAGAUACUCAGUAUGCACAAAAAAAAAAAAAUCUAAAGUCCAUGGCAUGCUAUUAGCCUGCAGCUAUACCCCUACAAGCUGUGAUCCAUAAGAUCACACAAGAUAAGUAGGAUAGGCACACUUUUAAAAGAGCUCAAAGAAACUCCUGUGUACUGCUGGAAUGUUUGUGGGUGAUUCAGUAGAUGGUGCUCUUCUCCCAGAGUCUCUUCUAAAUCAAUGACCUGCUAUGAUGAUAGUGGGCAUUGGGCUGCUGGAUGUGCCAUCCUAGAUUAGACAUGAGACCCAAAGUCUUUACGAUUUCUGGUCACUUAAGAUACUGUUUCAGAGUAGCAGCCGUGUUAGUCUGUAUUCACAAAAAGAAAAGGAGGACUUGUGGCACCUUAGAGACCAACAAAUUUAUUUGAGCAUAAGCUUUCGUGAGCUACAGCUCACUUCAUCGGAUGCAUCCGAUGAAGUGAGCUGUAGUUCACGGAAGCUUAUGCUCAAAUAAAUUUGUUGGUCUCUAAGGUGCCACAAGUCCUCCUUUUCUUUUUAAGAUACUGUGCACUUUUCAUAAGAGUAGGAGUGCCCUGGCUAAAGUCUUCAGGGACUAUCCAUUUUCUGUACCAGAGGGUUGUGUGAGAUUGCUAUGUACUGAAUGCGGUAGUUGUUUUAAUAACAUAUCAAUUCCUCUAUGUCUCUUUCCUAUCAUCAGGUGCUGUGAGGUUUGAUUUAGUAAAAUCAACUUAUUUACAGAUCUUUUUAUGGCACUUAUUGCCAUAAAAUCUGAUCACUUCACAUACACUAAUAGAUUUGUCUUCACAACAGCACGAUGAGGUGGGAAGUAUUUUCAGCUUUUUACACAUAAGAAACUGAGGUGCAGAGAGAUUAAUUACCAUGCCCAAGGUCUCACAGGAAGAACCCAGAUCUCCAAAAAUCCAUUCCAGUACCUUUCAAUGCACUGAAAAAGGAUGGUCUUGCAAGUAAUAGUUGGAAGAAAGGUGUUGAAGUACCACAGUUUUCCUAUUUUUACUAAGUGAAUGUUAAAUAUGCUGCUUUCAUUAGCAAACAAUAUUAUUUUCAAUCAAUAAUGAGCGUGUGGGAGAGGGUUUUGUGGAGAAGACUGUAUAUUUGAAAACGCUAUUCACAUAAGCAACCCUACGAAAAUCAGAGAGACUAACUGAGCAAGACUUGUAGGGUCAUACCUGGACAUAACUUUGGGUCACAUUCUGACACCUUUACUCACCAUGAACAGCACCUUACUCCGUGAGAGGUUCCAGUGAACUUAGUGGAAUUAUUUGAGGAUUAAGGUGCUAUGCACAUGGGAGUCAGGGUAUCAGAAUAGGGCCCUUUAUUCAUCAUAAUGAUUAUAUGUGAAUUUUUAGUAGGGGUGAGUUGCAAUAUUUGUUGUUUCAAUAUAUCUUUUGUUGUCCUUAGCAUGUUGCUAACUUUUGUAGUGCAUAUUUGGUUACACUUACUGUUACAUUUAUGGUUAUAAAUAAUGUAAGUUUCAUGUUUUACAGUGACAGCAGAAAGACCUCCACCAAAUCAUCUUCUGCUGUCCUUAUUCUGCCAGAGAACCUAUGAAGUCAAUAAGAGUUUGCCUGAAUAGGGGCUGUAGGGUCAGGUUCUAAAUGUUUUGAUGUUGAAAUGCAACCAAAAGUUAAUGUGCGGAUCCUCUUUCU